AUGCCUCCACCAAAUACUCCAACAAAUGGAGCCGGUACACCUGUCUCACACAUCUCUCGACCUAAUACUCCACCAAACAACAUCUUCAUUUUCGAAGGAUACGAUCCCGCCACAACUCACAUUGGCUUUGCUUACUACCCUACCCAAAGUGAAGUUGCACCACCGGCUAUCCACGUUCCCAAUAAUACACCAGCCUCAAGCAUUCACUCUUCGCCCGAGAACUUUUACCAUCCACGUUCUCGUCGUCCAACUCUACUCGAUCGAGGAAUUAUGGAAGUUAUUGGAGAAGAAGAACGUGAGCGACGCGAUAAUGAUACCAUCGAUUAUCGUAGUGUUGACUACGUAAACACUGUCGACCAAAACCUCCAUUGUCCAAUUUGCCGCGUCCCAUUCGUUGACCCAGUCACCAUCUAUUGCGAUCAUACCUUCUGCAGAGAUUGUAUCACUCAAGCCUUGGCUGUUACGGAGAAAUGUCCCAUGGACCGCUAUCCAAUUUCUCGAAAUGAUCCACUUCGUCAAUCAAACAGAAUUAUUGUUCAACAGGUCGAUGGUUUGUUGAUCAUUUGCCCACAUUGCGAACUUCACCUCCAACGCUGUAAGCUUCGUAACCAUCUCGCUAUUCACUGUAAGGAAGUUGAGAUUGAGUGCUUGGACCCCGAUUGCCACCAACUCAUCAAGAGACUUCAUCAUCCUAAAGGCUGUCUUCAUUUUGAUUCUGAAUGUCCAUAUUGCGAAGAAACCUUACAGGAGAAGGAUAUGGAGGAUCACUGCGAGUUUAAGUGUACUUUUCGUAAUGCCAGUUGUGAUCAAUGUGGAGAAGAGUUCUUACGCGUCAAGGAGUCUCAACAUAUUGAUCAGUGUUCAGAAGGUGUUGUACAGUGCCAAUGGACACAAUUUGGUUGUGAUCAUGAGUGUAAGAGAAAGGACAUUGAUGAUCAUAAGAACAAGUGCGAGCUCAAGAGAUUGGGUCCAUGGGGAGCAAUUAUGAAGGCCGAGAAUGCAGUCAAGGGUGAGAAGAUUGACCGUCUUGAACGCAAGAUCAAACAUCUCGAGAAUUGCAUGAACGAUAAUGGACAUUUCGAUCGAGCCGACGCAGGUGAUCCUUCCCUCGCAGGAUUGUCCAUCUCUGAUGAUUCCUAUGAAACUCCAAAUACUUAUCUCCUCUCCAUCGUCGAGUCUCAACAAAGCAGAAUUAAUGCUCUUACUGCCAGCAUCGCCGAGAUGGAAGCCCGUCAAAGCGUCAUGCUUCUCAACGAAACUAUUCCAUUGAAGGAUCAAAUCGUUGAGCUUCGCAACACUUUGAGCACAAUCAAUAUGUAUGUUCGUUGGCUUCUAAAUGUUCGUACACGUGAAGGUCAGCGACGCAGCUUUGGUAACGGCGGUAGCAGCGGAGGUGGUGGUGCUGGCGACCCUGAAGAUAAUAACGGAGGUGGUGGACCAAGCUCUGGUGGUAGUGGAAUGGGAAGACGCCUAAGCGAUCAUAAUCGGGAGGGUGGUACAAAACUUUGA